CUAUUGGCGAUGUAUGCAAAGAAGAAGACAGUACUGUAAAUGUCACCUGACUGAAGAAGAAGAAGAGCUGUCGUCGGUAGCUUCUGUCAAAUGUAGCAACAUAACGUUAGCUGGCGUCCAUUGUGUCAUGUCUACCUAGUGUGAACCAGCUCAUAUGCCCAUUAAACCCUCCCUGACAGCGACCGAGAUCUGCUAACAUGGAGAAGCAGUUGCAUUUGAACCUGUUAGCUUCCAGACCUCCUAUGCCAGGGAGCUUCCAGUCCAGCUCCAAAAUGAAGAUGGGGCCAGGACGAAAGAGAGACUUCAGCCCGUUGUCGUGGAGCCAGUAUUUUGAAACCAUGGAGGAUGUGGAAGUGGAGAAUGAAAACGGCAAAGACGUUUUCAGAAUCUACUGCAGUGGUGCUCAUGGUCCCGUGCUGCUGCUGCUGCAUGGAGGAGGACACUCUGCUCUCUCCUGGGCCGUCUUCACUGCGGUCAUAUACAGCAGGAUCAACUGCAGGGUGGUGGCUAUGGACCUUCGAGCUCAUGGCGACUCCAAAGUGAAACAUUCAGAAGAUCUCUCUGCAGACACUAUGGCCAAGGACAUUGGUAAAGUGGUAGAGGCUCUCUAUGGAGACAACCCACCACCAAUCAUGAUCAUUGGGCACAGCAUGGGUGGAGCCAUAGCGGUUCACACGGCUGCUGCCAAUCAUAUACCAUCGCUGCUGGGCCUGUGUGUCAUCGAUGUUGUUGAGGGCACAGCAAUGGAUGCUCUAAACAGUAUGCAGAAUUUCCUCAGGAGUAGGCCAAAGAUGUUUAAAUCUCUGGAAAAUGCCAUCGAGUGGAGUGUAAAGAGUGGCCAGAUCAGAAACAUGGAGUCAGCACGCGUGUCAAUGGGAGGCCAAGUGAAAAAAUGUGAGGAGUCCAGCAGCAGCCCUGGAGUCUCCAACAGCAUUGGUGAAGCUUUAAUAGAAGAAGAGGAAGAUGAAGAAGGCGAAGAAGAGUCCAACAAGAAAAGAAUGAAGGAAGACGACCAAGAGACAAAAAAGGAAAGCAUCUUCACGUGGCGAGUUGAUUUAGCAAAGACAGAAAAGUACUGGGAGGGCUGGUUUAAAGGCUUGUCUGCACUCUUUCUCACCUGCCCUGUGCCAAAGCUGCUCCUGCUCGCAGGUAUGGACCGGCUUGAUAAAGACCUUACGAUCGGACAGAUGCAAGGAAAGUUUCAGAUGCAGGUCCUCCCUCAGUGUGGUCAUGCUGUCCAUGAGGACGCACCUGAAAAAGUAGCAGAUGCUCUAGCAGCAUUUAUGGUCCGGCACAAGUUCACUGACUUUAAAGAAGGAUUCAUGUGGUGAGGGGAGCAGUGGGCAGCAGCGGUGCCGUGCCCGGGAAUCAUUUUUGGUGAUUUAACCCCCAAUUCCAACCCUUGAUGCUGAGUGCCAAGCAGGGAGGUAAUAGGUCCCAUUUUUAUAGUCUUUGGUAUGACUCGGCCAGGGUUUGAACUCACAACCUACCGAUCUCAGGGCGGACAUUCUAACCACUAGGCCACUGAGUAGGUAAACCAAGGUGUUAUGUCUCCUGGGAGCCUCUAUAGUUUUAAUGGUGCUAUACCAUCAAUGGCGUUGCGCAAGGCAUUAUUUAAGUUGUUACUGAGGCUACCAAUAGAGCCUGCAUAAUUUGGGAACGGUGCCAUUACGGAGGGCAAUAGGCCAGAGGGAGUUGUAGUUGAAGCAUCAUUAGUGUUUGGGCUGCUAAAGCAUUUGUAAUUUACAAUUUGUGGUGGUACCCCUGAGAAGGACUAAAUUUAUCAUAUUACCAUUGCGAUGCGUAGGUUCAUAUAUUAUUUUUGUAAGAUCACAACUGUUGAAUAUAGUUAGGAGCGCCACGAUCGGACGUUUUUACGGGGUAUUUAUGUGGAUAAUAAAAUCACCCAUGAUAAAUUAUAUUAUCCGCAUAAGUCACUAGGUCAGCAAAAAAUUUAGAGAAUUCGUUGACAAAGUCUGAAUAAUGUCCAGUGCCAGGUGGAGCGGUAAAAGUGCAAUCGACCUCAUAGUAAGAACCUGAAAUGAUUUAUAUUAAUUACUUAGGUUAGGGGUAAGGUUAAGGUUUACAUCAGAGAUUAGGGCGACUACACCCAUUUAAUGUGAACUCCUUUAGUUAAAAGGUAAAUUGGUUAUACUUCUAUAGCGCUUUUCUACCUUCAAGGUACUCAAAGCACUUUGACACCAUUUCCACAUUCACACACUAACCACUACCCAUCAGGAGCAAGGGUGAAGUGUCUUGCUCAAGGACACAACGGACGUGACUAGGAUGGCGGAAGCCGGGGAUCGAAGCAGGAACCCUCAGGUUGGUGGCACAGCCCCCCCACCAACCGAGCCAAGCCGUCCCCUAUUUAGGAGGAGAUGCCUCUUUAAACAGAUACAAUUAUUAAUAAGACCAAUAACACUAAGAUUGUAGUCUCUAAAGAUCUUAUUUAGUCAUAACGCUUUGAUCUCACAUUUAAAAACCCCAUUUUAUAGGUAGUUGGCUGUUUGGAGACAUUUUUAUUAACGGUAUCCGUAGUAGUAAUAUUAUUGAGAUUACGCCUAUCUCGCGCAGCGUUUCUCUAGUAACUUCGAGCACAUCUAGAAAUUAAUACGGUUGGAAUUAAUUGGAAAAAUUAUUUGCCAGGUGCUGCGGUUGAUUUGUUACAACAUAAUUUGCCACAUCAGUAAAUUGCAUAUCCACCUCUGGGACAGUCUCUGGAGAAAAAACACUAUGUGAGUUAUGUAUUAUUCUACGAGAAAUGAUGUGUGCAGGAACUUUCCAGCCUGGCGUUGGUUCGUUGUAGCUUAACUGACUUCACCCGGGCUAACAGGCUCUCUGGUCGCCUGUUCAAGUGUAGGUACAGUAGUCAAAUGAGACCCAAACAGUAAUCUAUGUUUCCAGCAGAAGGUUAGCGCCAAUUAUCAAUAAAGUUGUACCCCUGUUCUCUUCAAAAAACUAGCCACUCCCCUUCUCUCUUUAAUUACCAUUUUGACUUGCGACGAUGGAAGCUAGCAAGCUAAAUAGUCAACGAGAGUUUAACCCUGACAAAGAGCUAUACAAGCAGGGGUGUCCAAAGUGUGUAUUCAUAAGCUUUCUUCAAGGUUGGCAGGUCUUACUGUUGUAGGAAAUAAACACAGGCACAAAAUAAUAAUCAUCGUUUAAUACAAGAGAAUUGUAUUCACAUAUGUCAAAUAAAUACAAUUGCUGUGUCUUUUUAAAAUCUAAGAAUAUAGAUAUAUUAUGUAAAAUGUUAUGUCUGAUCUGUCUUAUCUCUU